AUGGGCGAGCAUAAUCUCCUUAAUCCUGGGUUUGUGGGACCUUUGGUGAACAUCCACACGGGAGACACCUUCUACUUCCCCAAUUUCAGAGCUUCCGGAGGACAGCUGCCUGGCUUGCCGUCUCUCUCCUACCCGAGAAGGGACAAUGUUUGUUCUUUGCCUUGGGCAUCCUCAGAGCCCUGCAACGGAUACCCCCAGCCCUAUCUCAGCAGCCCCGUGUCCAUUAACCCUUCUUUCAGCAGAGCGUGCGACCUAGCUAGAGUGGAGGAGAGCAAAUGCUACUACAGGGAGGCUUGCUCCGAGACUGCCAGCCUCAAGAGGGAGGAAAGGGUCAGGGACAAUGCUUUGAUGCCACUUGAACCUGGGAUUCCCAAUGGAAUGAGCGGCAAUUUCAGCAAAUAUGACUAUCCGGCGUCUGAGACUGUGUCCCACGAUCCCCCUUCUUGUCAGUCCUUGGAGUCAGACUCCAGCUCAUCCUUACUCAAUGAAGGGAAUAAGGGCUCUUCCAGCGAACCAGCCACAAUGGUCUCGCCUAUCAACCAAGGAAGCAAUCUGUCCACUGGUGGUGCUCCUUGGUACCCGAUGCAUACAAGGUCCCGGAAAAAGCGAAAACCCUAUUCCAAGCUUCAGCUAGCAGAGUUGGAAGGGGAGUUUAUGGUCAACGAAUUCAUUACCCGCCAAAGAAGGAGGGAGCUCUCAGACCGAUUAAACCUGAGUGAUCAGCAGGUGAAGAUCUGGUUCCAGAACCGACGCAUGAAAAAGAAAAGACUGCUUCUGAGGGAGCAAGCUCUUUCUUUCUUUUAA